UCCACUCUCUCUCUAUACACUCGCAUAUCCACAGAUAUCUCUUGCCCAUUAUUCGUGUAUACAUACAUGUAGACUCUUGUCUGAAAAAUAUUUGUACAAAUUUAAUUCCAUCAUAUAUAUUUACAUCAAUUAUUCAAUCGCCUUUUUUCCCACUACUUUUGUCGUUCUCCAGCUUUGCAUUUAAACCUUUCACCUUCUUUUCCUCUCUAAAACACCCGUUUCUUGAUCACCUUUCAUCAUAUUUUUCGAAGAAAGAGAAUUGUAGGGACUGGUUCAAGCUAUUAGGAGGUUGAAGAAUCUUGUUCUCUUUCUGUGCAAAAACUGUCAGCCGUGGGAAGGAUAUCACGCAAUGUCUAGCGCAGCUAAAGCUCUGGAACCUGCAUUUCAGGGAGCUGGUCAGAGAGUAGGGACUGAGAUAUGGAGAGUUGAGAACUUCCAACCAGUUCCUUUGCCCAAAUCCGAUUAUGGUAAAUUCUACUCUGGAGAUUCAUACAUUGUUUUGCAGACAAGUCCUGGAAAGGGAGGUGGUGCUUAUCUUUAUGACAUACACUUCUGGCUUGGAAAGAAUACUAGCCAGGAUGAAGCUGGGACUGCAGCUAUCAAAACUGUUGAACUUGAUGCUGUUCUUGGCGGUCGCGCUGUGCAGUACAGAGAAUUACAAGGCCAUGAAUCUGACAAAUUCUUGUCAUACUUCAAACCAUGCAUUAUACCAUUAGAAGGUGGUGUUGCUACUGGAUUUAAGAAACCUGAAGAGGAAGAAUUUGAAACACGAUUAUAUAUUUGUAGAGGAAAACGAGCUGUGAGAAUGAAACAGGUCCCUUUUUCUCGCUCCUCUCUAAAUCAUGAUGAUGUUUUUAUUCUUGACACUAAAGACAAGAUAUAUCAGUUCANGCCCGACAAACUCUUUUUGGUUUUGGUAGCUUUUUUGAAGCAGCAAGGUGGCAUCAUGAAGGGAGGUAGUAAAGGUGCUCCUAUGAAUGAAGAAGUCCCACCGUUGCUUGAAGGAGGUGGAAAAAUAGAGGUUUGGCGCAUUGAUGGCAGUGCGAAAACUCCAGUAUCCAGCGAAGAGAUUGGUAAAUUUUAUAGUGGGGAUUGCUACAUUGUCCUCUACACGUACCAUUCUAAUGAACGGAAAGAAGAUUACUACUUGUGUUUUUGGAUUGGAAAAGACAGUGUUGAGGAAGACCAACAGACAGCUGCUAGAUUGGCUACUACAAUGUGUAACUCUCUGAAAGGGAGACCAGUUCAGGGUCGGAUAUUUCAAGGAAAAGAGCCACCCCAGUUUGUUGCAAUCUUUCAGCCUAUGGUGAUCCUUAAGGGUGGGAUGAGCUCUAGGUACAAGAACUAUAUUGCCGACAAAGGUCUGAACGAUGAAAUUUACAUGGCCAAUGGUGUUGCACUCAUCCGGAUAUCUGGAACUUCUGUGCAUAACAACAAAGCUAUACAAGUUGACGCCGCAGCUACAUCAUUGAACUCAAAUGAGUGCUUUCUGCUGCAAUCUGGAUCUUCAUUGUUUUGUUGGCAUGGAAAUCAAAGCACCUUUGAGCAGCAGCAGUUAGUGGCAAAAGUUGCUGAAUUUUUGAAGCCUGGAUUAGCCGUCAAACACACUAAAGAAGGAACUGAGAGCUCAACAUUUUGGCAUCCUCUCGGAGGGAAACAAAAUUACACCAGCAAGAAAAUAUCUCCAGAGGUUGUCAGAGAUCCUUACUUAUUCGCUUUCUCUUUCAAUAAAGGGAAGUUUGAGGUUGAAGAAAUUUACAACUUUUCUCAAGAUGAUCUUUUGACUGAGGAUAUUUUGAUCCUUGACACACAUGCUGAAGUGUGUGUGUGGGUUGGUCAAUCAGUCGAUCUCAAAGAUAAGCAAAAUGCGUUUGAAAUUGGACAGAAAUAUGUUGAUAUGGCUACUUCAUUGGAGGGUUUGUCUCCGAAAGUGCCAUUGUACAAAGUCACAGAAGGAAAUGAACCAUGUUUCUUCACCACUUUUUUUUCAUGGGAUCUAGCAAAAGCUAUUGCACAUGGAAACUCAUUCCAAAAGAAGGUCAUGCUUCUCUUUGGGGCCGGUCAUUCCACAGAGGAGAAGUCCCAUGAUUCAAAUCAGGGAGGACCGACUCAAAGGGCUUCGGCUUUAGCUGCCUUAAACUCAGCAUUUAGUUCAACUUCAGCUCCCAAAUCCACUUUUGCCACAAGGGCCGGAGUAAUAAGUCAGGGGUCGCAGAGAGCAGCUGCAGUGGCUGCUUUAUCAAAUGUUUUGACUGCUGAAAAGAAGCGGUCGCCCGAUUCCUCUCCUGCCCGGUCACCUGCCGCAAUAAAGAGUGAAGAUGCUCCUGAGGUUGAAGAUUCCAAGGAAGCUUUGGAAGUUAAGGAAACUGAAACAGUCGAGCCUAUCCCAGAGACUGAUGGGGACAAUUCAGGUUCAAAACCCAAGUCCGACCCGGAUGAAAAUGGCAGUGAAACCACUCAAAGUACAUUUACUUAUGAUGAGUUGAAGGCUAAAUCUGACAACCCUGUGACCGGCAUUGAUUUUAAAAGUAGAGAGGCUUAUCUCUUGGAUGAAGAAUUCCUGACUGUAAUGGGAAUGACGAAAGAUGAGUUCUAUAAGUUGCCAAAGUGGAAGCAAGAUACUCACAAAAAGAAAGUCGACCUCUUCUAGAAAUGGUUUCGCGAACAAGUAGUUUCCCAUUUUAUCUCUACCGUUCCUUGUAAAUCCUUGUCCGUUUCUUUAUUGCUAGUUCCACGUACUUAUCAUGCCUCGAUCUCUUUCCUGUAUUUUGGUUUUCUGGGAUUGGUUUGCCCAAAGAGCAACCUUUUCCAUCGUCUUCAACCCCUGGACGUAUUGUGCUCACAGUCACACAUUGUAGUUCAACGAGAACAGACAGGUUAAUAUUCUUUAAUUUGAUUGGUAUGUCAAUUAUUAAAUUUCCGCCUUUUAUUUGUGUUUUUAAUUAUUUAACUUGUUAAUUAUAAGAGUUUAAAUGUA